AUGGGGGUAUGCAGAUAUCGCGCCCAGCUCGAAUCUGUCACGUUCCUGUGGGUACCGAGCCACGCGGGGUGCGCUGGCAACGCCUACGCCGACGCAGCGGCGACUGCAUACAUGGGGGCCAGUGAGAUUGAGUAUGCCACCGCCGUCAUCCGUGGAGCAGGGAACGACGAGAGACACAAAUGGGACAAGCGCCAGCGGAUCAAGGAUCAGCACGGCGAGCGCGAGAUUGAAUUCGCCGACGUGGAUGAUCAUAACGUGGUGACAAAGACCGUCAUGGGAGCGCGUGUGCGGCAGCAGGCGGGGGUGCCACACGGAGCGCACCACGAGAGGAUUAUGCGGGGAGAGGCGGGGAGAGAGACCCCGGGCGCCGCCACAAGGAGCGAACUCAGGGGCUGCCUCGUCUGUAAGGCCGCGAGGGACGCGGCGAGGAGGGCGGCACUAAAGCGAGACCCGCUGUGUCCGAUCGUGCGGAAAGCCGCGCAGCAAUGGACCGAGGAAGAUGAGAACCCGCCUAGAGCGACGAUGGCGCACUUGCUUAGCGGCGCCUGCCUGGGGAAUAGGGAGCAGGCCAGAUGGUUCCUCAGAGUAGCGCGAGCGCAGACGGGGACGGCGAUCAGCAAAGUAGCCCAGGCGGCACCCGACUCCAAGGAUACGCUGAAGACGCUGAGGGAUAGCGCAUGUCGCUGCGCUGAAGGGCUCACGCUAUAG